CAGAAUAAAUUUCUUUUUUAAAAAAAUUCAUUUCAUUUUUACAUGAAACCAUUUUUUUAAAGAAUGUUUGUAUUUAUCUAACUGAAAUCUAUUUUCAGUCACGUGCUUUUAUUUUGUACCGGUUUUAAAUCUCUUUUCAUGCAUAUGUUUAAUAUUUGAAGCAAUUGAAAUUUGCUUACGUCUUUCCAUCUUAUAUCUUUCAUCUGUGUACUUCUUGCAUCUAGAUAUAUCAUUGCAGAUAACUAGAACUCAUAUUUGUUAUUGAGCUUUCAAAUAGAAACCAGAGCAUUUUAAAAACAUGGCAAAAGCAACUUUAGUUUCAACAGCAAAAUGUUUUGAAGGCUUGCAAAAAGUUUAUCGUCAUACAAGUGAGGAAUUAAAAUGCGAGAUGAAUUUUUCAUUGUAUCUCCCUCCACAAGCUGCUGAAAGAAAAUGCCCUGUUUUGUAUUGGCUAUCAGGCCUUACUUGUACUGAAAGAAAUUUUAUUGAUAAAUCUGGAUUUCAACGCUAUGCUGCAAAGCAUGGUAUCAUUGUAGUUGGCCCAGAUACUAGUCCACGUGGCUGUAAUAUAGAAGGUGAAGAGGAUACUUAUGAUUUUGGUACAGGUGCUGGAUUUUAUGUUGAUGCUACUGAAGAAAAAUGGAAGACUAAUUAUAGAAUGUAUUCCUAUGUUACCAAAGAGUUACCAGCACUAAUUAAUCAAGAGUUUCCAAACAGUGGCAAGUGUGGAGUUUUUGGUCACAGUAUGGGCGGUCAUGGUGCACUUACAAUUGCUCUUAAAAAUCCUGAAAAAUAUGCCAGCAUUUCUGCUUUUGCUCCCAUAAGUAAUCCAUCUGUUGGAGCUUGGGGCCAAAGAGCUUUGACUGGAUACAUGGGCUCUGAUCGUAGUUCAUGGUCAGAAUGGGAUGCAACUUUGUUAGCUAAAGCUUACAAUGGGCCUGAAAUAGAGAUUCUUAUUGAUCAGGGUACUGAAGAUUGUUAUUUGGAAAAGGAUCUUAUGCCCGAGAAUUUCAUAAAUGCUUGUAAAGGAACCAAAAUUAAACCUACGUUACGUAUGCAACAGGGAUAUGAACACAGUUACAUGUUUGUUUCAACCUUUAUUGGAGAACAUUUUGAGUAUCAUGCUAAGAAUCUGUGCCAGUAAAAAUGUUGAACUUAUUUGCCAUUAGGAAAUAUGCAUCAUGUACUUAAAAAAAAAAAAUUUUUUAAUUUUUUUAAAGGAAUAAUUUUUUUUAAUUUGUAUAUUAUUAAAAUGAUUGCUUUUGUACGUAAAAUGAAGAUUAUUCUGAUGAGAUUAUGUAGAAAUUAGUCUGAUUUAAUUCAUGAAAUAAUAUAAUCAACUAUUAAUUAUUUAUGUAUAUUUUUAUUGCUCUCCUUUUCAAAUUUUGUUGCAGCUCACUUUUACUUUUGUUAAUCCCAUGCUUCACUUAUGUUUGUUA